AUUAGAUUGAGUGAAUUGAAUAUCCGAAUCAUGAGCGCUGUGAAUGUCACAAACAUUGCGGUGUUAAGCAAUCCGUCGUCGUUCCUUUCGCCUUUCAAGUUUGAAAUCACUUAUGACUGCGUUGAUGCUCUUAAAGAAGGUUCUAUUUGCCUUAAUGUGCAAGCAGAUUUGGAAUGGAAACUCAUCUAUGUUGGAUCUGCUGAGGAUGACACAUAUGACCAACUAUUAGAAAGUGUGUUUGUUGGUCCUGUCAAUGUUGGAGGGUUCCGCUUUGUAUUGCAGGCGGACCCUCCAGAUCCUGCCAGAAUUCGUGCUGAAGAUAUAGUUGGUGUCACUGUGCUCCUUUUGACGUGUUCCUAUGUGGGUCAAGAAUUUGUACGAAUUGGCUACUAUGUGAACAAUGAUUACAGUGAUGAGAAUCUGAGACAACAACCUCCCCAAACGGUUAAUAUUGACAAGCUACAAAGAAACAUACUAACAGACAAACCUAGAGUAACAAAGUUCCCUAUCAAUUUUCACCCGGAAAACAGCGAGACUGGAGACCAAGCUGCCUCCCCUCCACCUGAUGAUAUCAUGGCUGAAGCAGAUGGGAAUGAAGAGCGACUACCUUCAACUAAGAAAGGAUGUUAACUUUUUGCCUAACUCCUAACCUUUUAGUUUGACAUCAUUCUGUUGGGCCAUCAUCUUAUGCUAACACAUGAUCAUUAACCUCUUUUUGUGAGUUUAGAAAAAAUUGUUGUGACCACAUAUACUUCUGAUAUCGUUGAUUUUAGUUCUGUAAGUAAUAGAAUCGUGAGGAUUCAGACAGGCAGGGAGUCUUUUAUGCAUUUAUCAUAUUUUUUGGCUGACAGCUACUGAAUCACAUUACCUUGAUGGUGCCAAUAUAUGAUGAACUACACCA